AUGCAGAUCAAGAAGCUCUGGUGCCAUCGAGGGUGAGGCAGUUUUGAGGGGUUUUAGGGGGUUUUUUCUGGAUUUUCCAAGAAUUUUCGGACUUUGGAACGCUUUUUGUGUGUUAAAGUUGUAUUGGAAAACUUUUUUGGAGGGUUUUUUUUUUGGUUUUUGUAAGGGAACUUUGUUUUUGGAAUGGUUUUGGUGUGUUAGAGUUGUAUUGGAGAACUUUUGAAUGGCUUUUUUUUUUCGAAUUUUCAAGAAAUUUGUAGUUUUCGAACGCUUUUUGUGUUAAAGUUGUAUUGAAAAACUGUUUUAAAGGAUUUUUUUCGGAUUUUUUUUCAGAAAUUUUCCGUUUCCGGACUUUUUUUUUGGUGUUAGAGGUGUAUUAGGAAAGAUUUUUCAGGGCUUUUUUUUUAAUUUUUAAGGGAUUUUACAUUUUGGAAAGCUUUGGUGUGGUAGAGUUGUAUUGGAAAAGUUGAGAGAUUUUUUAUCAAAAAGAAUUUUUUCCGGAUUUUCGAGGAAUUUUACUAUUUUGAACCUUUUUUUGUGUUAAAGUUGUAUUGAAAAAAACUGUUUUAAAGGAUUUUUUUCGGAUUUUUCAGAAAUUUUUCCGUUUCCGGACUUUUUGGUGUUAGAGGUGUAUUAGGAAAGAUUUUUCAGGGCUUUUUUUUUAAUUUUUAAGGGAUUUUACAUUUUGGAAAGCUUUGGUGUGGUAGAGUUGUAUUGGAAAAGUUGAGAGAUUUUUUAUCAAAAAGAAUUUUUUCCGGAUUUUCGAGGAAUUUUACUAUUUUGAACCUUUUUUGUGUGGUAGAGUUGUACUGGAAAAGCUGAGGACGUUUUUUUAAGAAUUUUUCGGAUUUUUUUAAGAAAUUUGUAGUUUCCGAACGCUUUUGUGUGUUAAAGUUGUAUUGAAAAAAACUGUUUAAAGGGUUUUUUUGGAUCUUUAUGGGGUUUAAUAUUUUUGGAGAGCUUUUUGUGUGUUACAGUGGUAUUGGAAAAAUUAAAGACAAGCUUUAGAUUUUUUUUUUUUUGGAAUUUCUGAGGGGUUUUGUACUUUGGAGCCCUUUAUGUGUAUUAGAGUUGUAUUGGAAAAGUUGAGGAGUUUUCCAUCAAAGAGAGUUUUUUUCGGAUUUUCAAGGGUUUUUGCAUUCUGGAAAAUCUAAGACGGGUCAGGUUUUUUUUAAAUGGGGGUCAGAAUUUCGAAAAAUUGGGGCAUUUUACCGUAAGCUAGAGAGGAGUGUAGUAUGAUGCUCAAGAAUUUUUUCACGGAACUGUCUGACUUCUCUGCGAUCUCUUAUCUUUCUUCAUUUCUAUAUAACCUCGACAGUUAGAGUUCUGAUGAAUAUGACGCUUUUAUGACCAAGUCGAGAGGUAAGAGAGCGCAGACGGGCUAGAAAGUUAAUCAAUGAAAUCAUUUUUGAUGAGCAUGACGACAAAAAUGUUUCAGUAGCGGCCGCGUCUCGCCGCCCUUCAUGGAGUCGACACCUCCCCCAGCUCCCGUCCGAAAAUACGUGAGCACGCAGCAGCUGCCGACGACGACAGCCUCGGCGAUCACGACGACGUUCGGCGCCGACUCGCCGACGUCCCACCAUCAGCACGUCUCCUCGUCCGAAGAAGACGAGCAACGACGUCAACCUCCUCCAGCUCAACAGCGGACCCUCGUCCUCCCAAGCUCCGUCCCCGGUCGCACCAUCGAGAUUCCGCUCGGCGGCUCCAUGACUCUCAACGGGAUGCCCUCCCAGCAGCGGGCUCGACAGUCAGAAAGGAGCUGGAGCACCUCCGAGCAGCCCGAUUGGAAAAGCUCGGAGCGGAGCCCCACCGAGCACCAGACGCAGAUGGAGAAGCUCACCCAGAGGCUCAGAAACUUGGGUUGGUUCUUUUUUUUAUUUGGAAAAGUGUCUCUGAAGUUUUUCGUGUGGGUUGAGAGCUGAAUUUUGAGGUAUUUUCUCUGAUUUUAAAGCUGAUUUUUGCAAUUUUUGUAGCCCUUUUCCUCUUUUUUCUGGCUUUUCCUGUGGUUUUAGAGCUGAAUUUUAUCGUUUUUCAAAGUUGACAUAUUUUCGGUCAUUUUAAAAGCUGCUCUGAAAGUUUCGGACCUUUUUCUGGGUUCCUACUCCGAAAAGGCGAUCCACCCCAGAAACGGUGCACCCCCUCAAAACCCAAAAUCCUAAUUUAGACAAGUUUAGAGGUUUUUUCAAGCAUUGUUGAGCAUUUUUCGACACAUUGCUGUGUGGAACGGAUAAUUUGACUUUAUUGACCUUCAAAAAGGCGAAUCACCCUAGAAAUGGUGCAUCCCCUCAAAACCCAAAAUCCUAAUUUAGACAAGUUUAGAGGUUUUUUCAAGCAUUUUUGGGCAUUUUUCGAAACUUGCUGUGUAAAAAGGGAUAAUUGACUUCAUUAACUGUCAAAAAGGCGAUCCACCCCAGAAAUGGUGCACCCCCUCAAAACCCAAAAAUCCAAUUUAAUUUAGACAAAUUUAGAGGUUUUUUCAAGCAUUUUUGGGCAUUUUUCGAAACUUGCUGUGUAAAAAGGGAUAAUUGACUUUAUUGACCUUCAAAAAUUCCGAAUUUUUCCUGACCCUCAAUCGAUAAGUACACAUUCUUAGUCACCUUACAAGUAAUCGAUAACCAUUCGAAAGGGUCGAGAUAGAAAUGGAGGGAAGAUGAGGCCACCACACACACACGCACACAAAUGUUUGUCAAAGGAAUCAAGCUGACGUCGGUUUUUUAGCGACGACGCUCUGAUUCAUACCAACCAAAGUGAAGAAGAAUGGAAAAAAAAACCAUUGAAAAAAAGUUCCCUCUCUUGUAUGCUUUAUUUUAUGGUUCUCUGCCCGAUUUUUUACGUCCUUGUUUGGAUUUGGAGUUUUGAGAGCGUCGGCAAAAAUUUUGGAAAAAAUUUCAAAAUCGACUCAAAAUGAAUUUUUAAAUUAUUGAAAAUGACCCUUGAAUGAAUAUAAUUGUCAAGGGAGCAUAGAUUCCAAUAAAUUUCUCUUUUUUCAAUUUUUAGAUUUCAGUUUUAAAAAAUCAGAAAUUCCAGGCGCACCCCUACCCCAAAAAAGGCGAUCACCCUAGAAAUGGUGGACCCCCUCGGAGGUCAAAGAUUUAAUACAGACAAGUUUAGAGCUGUUUUUGAGCAUCUUUAAGCGUUUUUUUUUUUAGCUUUUUUGAGCUUUUCUGAACAUUUUUGGACAUUUUCUAUGCGCAAAAGAUGAUUUAUCCAUGGGCGGUUUGAAGAUUUUAGAUUUGGUUAGAUUCCGAAAACUUUCUCUAUUUUUCAAAUUGAAACUUCUAGAAGCGCCAAAAGGUCAUUUUCAACAAUAUUAAGAGUGUAAUGGUUCUCCUUUUUAUCAUCGCAACAUUUCAUCAUGCUUUGUGAACAUGUGCCAAGAGAGGCGGUGCCUGAGGCACUCGCCCUCUCUAUUGAUUACAACAUCACUCUGGCAUGGCGCGCUGCUAGCGUGCGCCACGAAAUAAAGAUUCAAGCCGAGUCGCUUAACCUCGCAAAACAAAAUAACGCGGAAAUGAGGGGAACAUUUAUUCCCGCGUUACAUGGAGGUCCCGAGAACUUCCACCAUAUUCCAUCCGGUGGAAGGUGAAUUCCUGUCAUUCCCCUAUUCGAACUACGACAGACUCUCGGAUUCUGAAUUACUUUUACCGCUACACCUAUUCAUAUUCAACUAUUUCUACGAUUGGCAGUUUUCGUACUAUCGUGUUCGGGUACGAGCGAGGCAGAAACUACUACAAGGAAAGGACGUGAGCAGCCAGAUGAAGCAGAACUUGUGAGGCAAUUUUAACGAAAAAUUUGAAUUUUAUUGAGCGUCCUUGAAUAUUGUUAAUUGAAUUAUUAUUAUUAUUGUACUCAUCGGAUGGGGGGUGGGAAAGCAAACUGUGAGAGUACCGGCCAAGAAGCCUUGAAUUUAUAGAUAUUAUUGAAUGCUAAUGAUUAUUUGGACCGAGUAGUGAAAUUGUUGAAGAAUUUUUUCUAAAUCUACGUCAUUGUUUCUGCCGCCCGAUCUAGUUUACCAAAAUGUUUAUCUUCACUUCCUUUCAUAUCUAUCUCAUUGGCUGUUUAAGCUCAGUACCUGAUUAUUGGGUAAAUAGUGUAAACUGAGCUAGGUUUUGAAGAUUAUUCAUCUGCCAUCGUUUUGAUAUUGUUUCUGAAUCUGUAUUUGUAACUUCAGUUGUUAGGCGAACUAGGCAAGCCAAAGUCCGGCACAUUCCAUCUGAUUUUUGUUUCACAUGUUCACCUGAGAACCAUUCUUUUAAGAUCUUGAAGCCUCGAGGACGAGACUUUCGUCGACGCCCGGGAUGUGGUGCUUUUCUCUUAAAUUGCUCUAGUAAUUUACUAUGUUAAGUAUCAUCCAUCAUUCUUUUUAAAGCCUCGGGACGAGUCUUUUGUCCAGGGGUUGGAUGUAAUGGUUCUCCUUUUUAUCAUCGCAACAUUUCAUCAUGCUUUGUGAACAUGUGCCAAGAGAGGCGGUGCCUGAGGCACUCGCCCUCUCUAUUGAUUACAACAUCACUCUGGCAUGGCGCACUGCUAGCGUGCGCCACGAAAUAAAGAUUCAAGCCGAGUCGCUUAACCUCGCAAAACAAAAUAACGCGGAAAUGAGGGGAACAUUUAUUCCCGCGUUACAAGAGGAAGAGGUUCAGGCGAUCUCCUACCCCAAAAAAGGCGUUCCACCUCAGAAAUGGUGCACCCUGGAAAGCUCAAAAUUUUAAUGCAGACAAUUUUAGAGCUUUUUUUUGAGCACAUUUGAGCGUUUUAGGACAUUUUUUGUGUGAAAUUAACAGUCAAACGUUUUUUACUCACAAAAAGGCGAUCCACCCUGAAAAUGGCGAUGGUCACCUUUAAAAUGGUGCACCCCAAGAAAAAAGUUAUUUUUUUAAUUUCAUUUUUCGAGGAAAGGACCCAUUUUUUUCGAGAUUUCUUAGAUUUUAGAUCACUUAUUUUCCAAAUCAAAAUCAAAGUUCAGAUGUACAGACCAUGGAAAUCAGCAAAUUCCUUCAUUUUUUUUUUCGCUUUUUGGUCCGUUCUUGAUGGAUUGAAAGAGGAACUUGAACGUGUGACAAUGCAUUUUGCUGUAUUAUUACGGCGCUUUCUUUUUUUGGCCGUUUUUGGUUUGAUGUCGUCGAGAGAGACGCCGAUUUUUGAUGGAUCUAUUGGAACUUUUUGGAUAAUUUCGGAAGGGAAGACUUUUUCGGGGUUACUUUUUCAAUUUUAGUAGGAAAAAUCUGAAAAUUAACACAUUUUUCAAUAUAGUCCAUUCACGGCUUGUUGAGAUUUAAAGGCGCAUCAAGGGUCCUGACGCGAAUUUUGAUGGAAACUUUAAUAUUUCCAAGAAAACCAAUCCGAAUUCUCUUUGCGGUAAACCUCGAUUCGGACCAAAAUACAGAAAUAACGUCAACCCCUCUAGUGGUUGCUCUGAUCGUCGAAAGAGACACCGAUUUUUGAUGGAUCUAUUGGAACUUUUUGGAAAUUUUCACAAGGAAAGACAUUUUUGAGGUUUUUUUUCAUUUUUAGCAAGAAUUUAGAAUGAGAAUGACUAAAAUUAGCUCAUUUUUCAAUAUAGUCCAUUCACGAUUUUUUGAGAUUUAAAGGCGCAUCAAGGGUCCCGACGCGAAUUUUGAUGGAAACUUUAAUUUUUCCAAGAAAACCAAUCCGACUUCUCUUUGCGGUAAACCUCGAUUCGGACCGAAAUACAGGAAAAAACGUCGCAAAAGGAACGCAUAAAAUUAUGCAAAUAGCCGUGGACCAACUUUUUUUUCCGCCGUUUCGUCCCCCGUUUUAUGGCCACCUUCCCCAUUUUGCAUAUGUCAGUCGGACUGACAAGGAAAAUGGGAGUUUUCUCGAGGAAUUUGAGACAUUUGUUGGAAUGGAAAGACAGUUGGAAGUUGAUAAUAUGGAUUAUAAUAGGUAUUUUUUUGGAUUUUUCAUGGGGUUUUUGAACUUUAGAAUCGGCUAGAAGUCAAGAAAAAAAUCGGAUUUUUGCUUGAAAAUUGUGAUAAUAAACUUUGAAUUUCAUUUUGAUUGAUAAAUAAGAGUUAUUUUUCAGAUUUGCAGUGAGUUUUGAGCUUUUUAAAAUCGCUAGAAUCCUAGAAAAAAAUUGGGUUUUGUUUGAAAUUUGUGAAAAAUGAGUAGACUCCAAAAAAAUGUUCUUCAAAAAGCCACAAUUUCAUUAGAAAAAAAUGAGGUUUUUUUCGGGUUUUUAAGCGAAUUUUUGAGUUUUAGAACUGGCUGGAAGCUUAGAAAAAAAUCGGAUUUUCACUCGAAAAAUUGUGAUAAUAAGUUUCAAAUUUCAUUUUUUUGAUUAAUAAAUAAAAAGAUAUUUUUUUGGAUUUUUCAGUGAGUUUUGAGCUUUAAAAAAAGCGCUAGAAGAGAAGAGAAAUCGGAUUUUUUUGCUUGAAAAUUUGAUUCUUUUAUCAAAAAAAGAAGGAAUUUCUGGAUUUCCAGCGAAUCUUGAGCUUCAGAAUCAGCUGGAAGACUAGAAAAACCGGGUUUUUCGCUUAAAAAUUUGUUUCUUUUAUCAAAAAAAAAAGGCGGAUUUUUAACUUCAGAAUCAGCUGGAAGCCUAGAAAAAUCGGAUUUUGCUUGAAAUUUGUGAAAAAAAAAUUGAUUAGACCCCGAAAAUGGUCUUCAGAAUUCACUAUUGCAUUAGAAAAAAAUGAGGUUUUUUUGAAUUUUUCAGCGAAUUUUUGAGCUUCAGAAUUGGCUAGAAGUCAAGAAAAAAAUCGAAUUUUUGCUUGAAAUUUGUGAAUAAAAAAAAUGGUUAGACUUCGAAAAUGGUCGUCAGAGAUCACUUUUGCAUUAUAAAAAAAUGAGGUUUUUUUGGAUUUCCAAGGGGUUUUUGAGCUUUAGAAUUUUUCUAGAAAGCAAGAAAAAAAUCGAAUUUUUCGUUCGAAAAUUAUACUAUUUAUUCAAAAAAAUAGGAGAAAUUUUUUUAGAUUUUUCAGCGAAUUUUUGAACUUCAGAAUGGGCUAGAAAAAAACCGAAUUUUGUUUGAAAAUGAUGAUUAAAAAAAUGAUAGACCCCGAAAAUGGUCUUCGGAAUUCACUAUUGCAUUAGAAAAAUGAGGUUUUUUGGAUUUUCAAGGGGUUUUGAGCUUCAGAAUCAGCUAGAAAGCAAGAAAAUCGGAUUUUCGAAAAUUGUGAGAAAAUUUCUUACCAUCAGUAAUAAUCGUUUGAAUUAUUUGCUUUUAUCAAAACUUAGAAGCCGUAAAAAUUGAUGUAAACUGCCGAUUUUCAUCAAAAUGCUCAUCGUGAAGGAAACACAAGAAUCUAAAAAAACGCAAGAAUCUAGAUAAAUUCGCGAUUUUCCAGCUGGUAAGCCGUUCCGAAGCCUUGGAAGCCCGACAAACGCCGAGAAUGGCAAGACGUUCGAACCGAAGAAAUUCGCGGUGAGUUCCAAAAUAUUAAAUUUAAGAAAAUCGACCUUGAUAAAUGGUUCUGUUAGAAAAUAGGAUAGAUUUUUGUGGUUCGAGAAUUUUUUUCAGACAGAACAAAUUUAGAAGACCACUAGACGGACCACUCAAGCUUUAGCGACUUAGAAGCCUAUAGGGACCACUCAAAUUUAAGCCCUCUAUGAGUGGAUUAGAGGACCCCUUAAGAGUUCACUUAAAUUUAAGCCCUCUAGGGAGCACUAUUUGGCCACCGAAACCCUCUAAUGGUCACUCUGAUCGUCGAAAGAGACGCCGAUUUUUGAUGGAUCUAGUGGAACUUUUUGGAAAAUUUCAGAAGAAACGACUUUUUUGAGGUUAUUUUCUCACUUUUAGCAAGAAUUUAGAAUGAAAAAUUGAAAAAUUAGCACAUUUUUCAAUAUAGUCCAUUCACGACUUGUUGAGAUUUAAAGGCGCAUCAAGGGUCCUGCAGCGAAUUUGGAUGCAUACUUUAAUAUUUCCAAAAAACCAAUCCGAAUUCUCUUUGCGGUAAGCCUCGAUUCGGACCGAAAUAUAAGGAAAAACGUCAACCCCUCUAGUGGUCACUGUGACGUUCCCUAGUUUUUUGUGACUCUGAUAUGUUUUGCAGGAAGAUGAGCCGAGAACGCCGAGCCCGAGCAGCAGCGGGAUCUGCGCAGAUAUCACCGACCAGUCUUCUAACGAGGAGAAAGUUCGUGGAAAUCCAUUGAGAUUCGAACAAAUUAUCAUUUUCUUUAUUGAGAAAAAAAUCCGAAAAUAAUUAGUUUUUCGUUAUUUUGAGUUAGUUAGAAUGAGUCACAAUGUUGUUUUUACCAAAAUUUCAAAAAAAAAAAAAACUAAAAAAGACGCAAAAACAACCUAAAAUAGUAAUUUUACGACGCUCCACAUGACGGUUGUCAGUGGAGCGAACUAGCUGGAAGCACGAGAAAAUGUUUUUUUCUUUCUUAUUAUUUAAAUAACUUAUUGGGAAAAAUGUUUAGUGGCCACUAUAGAGGCUCGCCAAGGACUACUUGGACAGGACACUUAAGGGGCCACUAAACCCACCACUAUAGUGACCAAUAUUUUUCGUUUUAGUGGCCACUAUAGAGGUUCUCCAUUUAGUGACCACUUCAGUAGUUUUUCAUCUAGUAUUCCUUCCAGUAACUCUGAUAAUUUCAAAACAAACAGAUUGGACCAGUUAUGUUGAUCCAUUGACCCCUAAAGUGGCCACUAAGUGGUCUAGUAGUAGCACUUAGACCUCUAUAGUGCCCACUUAUUUUAAACCCCUCAAGUGGUCACUAAUUUGACUACUAUAGUGGCCACUAAUACGUCAAAACCCUAUAUUCGCCACUGAAAUUUUUCCCAGUAGUAGUACUGUAGAUUAUUGAUCCAAAAAAAAGGUCUUACCACGAUAAUUCUAUACCAAAUAGAAAGUAUUCGUAGCCUUUAUGAAAUCUGUAGAGCCUGGAAAAGGGAAAGAAAAUUUAUCAGCCCGUCCCGGAGAAGCUGCCAAAAAUACCGUACACGGAUCUGUUUUGACCCCAUCGCGCUUCAAGACCUUUCUUUUCCACUUUUGUAUUUGCAUCUCUAAUAUUUUUCAUAAUAAAAUAAUUUUUACAGCGCACAAGUGAUAUCUCAUCCCUGUCGGGCGGCUCCGAUCAGAACAGCUCCCUUUCUGAUAAUAAUGAAGAUUCGAGGUUUUUCAAUUUUUUUCUUUUUCUUUGUUUCAUUAAUUAUUUUUUUAUAUAAUUUUUUUAAUUUUUUUCAGAGUCCCAAUCGGCCGAAUCGCUCAUCAGCCUUACAUGGCGCGGUUGACGCCACAAGUCCCAUCGACCAGCUUCCCGCCAAAUUCCUUCGAAAAUGAGAGGCCAACGGAGUUUAGACAGGUGAUUGAUAUAUUAAUAAGGUUAAAAUUCAUAAAAAAAUCAUAUUUUUUUAUUUUUGUUUUUUGUCCAUUUCCUGAUUGAUAUGUGAUCUGAGUUCUUUUUUUCAUUUUUCAAACUUGAUUGGAUUUUACAUCAGUAUUUCUCAUAUUUUUCUUUAAAGUGUUGCCUUUUUCGAUUUGACAAGCUUUUCUGAUGAUAUUGAAGCUUUUUUCAGGUUUUUUUGAUGACUUUCCACAUAGAUUCCGUUUAGAAGCCAUUGUUGUUGUUAUUAAAGGCGCAGGAGCCUAAAAUAUACUGAAAAAUAUUUUUCAUGGAUGCUCCUUUAAAAGCUCAUGGCAAGGAUUUUCCAACAAGUUUCAUACCUUUUUUUCAACUUUCAUGCAUUUUUCCAAGCUUCUUGAUACCUAUAUGAUGUUCCUUUGAACCAUCUUUUUCUUCAAAAAUUCAACGGUUUUUCCCAUUUUUUUAGUAAAUUCCUAGCAUUUUUUUGUUCUUUUUUUAUGCUCCUCCGAACACGUGCAGCAAGGGUUUUUGAACAAACUAGAUAUUUCGAAUUUUUUUAAAGUUUAAAAAAAUACUUUUUUUCAUACUGUUGGCCUCCUUAUGUGAUGCUCCUUUAAACACACUAUUUUUUUAAAAUUCAAAUUAUUUUUUUAAAAAAAUUUUUCCGACUCAUUUUAUAGAUCCUUUUUAUUACUUCAUAACCUUGAAUUUUUCCGAAAAAAACUGUUCAAAAAAAUUUUUUUACGGUUUUUCCUAUUUUCAGACUUCCUAUCAUCUUGAUGCCUUUGUGAUGCUUCUCUAAAUCCUAAUUUUUUUAAAAAAAUUCAAAUUAUUUACAUUUUUUUAGACUUUUUGUUAUCUUGAUUUUUGAUUUUUAUGCUUUUUUUAAACAAGUGCAGCAAGGUUUUUCUCGACAAAAUUUAUAUUUUUUUGACUUUUUUUCGAAAUCAAGAUUUUUUUGAAUGAUUUUUUUGCCUCCCUGUCAUCUUGAUUCUUACUUGAUACUUUUUUUGAAAUACCCGCUGAUAGGAUUUUUUAAAAAAAGUUCAAUUCUUGACCUUUUUUUCUUUCAAAAUUCGAGCAUUUUUUUCCAUAUUUUUAGUUAAUUUGGAGCAUCUUUUUUUCCUUUUUUUAUGCUUUUUCUGAACACUCACGGCUAGGCCUUUCUAAAAUCUGGAUGUCUUAAAAAAUGUUUUUUUUUUCGAGUUUUCAGACUGCCUAUCAUCUUGAUGCCUACAUGAUCCUUCUGUGGACACUAUUUUUUUCAAAUUCAAGAACUUUUUUUCUAAAAACUUUUUCAGGCUCUCUUUGAAUCUAGUUUAAUGCUCCUCUGAACAUCAGCAUCAUGUACUUUUUUAUGAAACUGUUCUAAAGAAUUUUUUUGAGGUGAAAAAAAUUUUUGUUCAAGUUUUCAGGCUUCCAAUCAUCUUGAUCCCUAUGUGAUGCUUUUGUAAAAUCUCAUUUUUUAUAAAUUAAGCACUUUUCCAAAGUUUUUUAAACUUCUUUGACUCUUGUGCAAUGAUCCUCUGAACAUUAGAACCAUGGAUUUUCCAUCAAACUGUUCUAAACUUUUUUCUAUUCUAUACUACAUACUUUUUCAGACCCCCUACCGGCCUGAAGAACGCCUUGACGGCUCGAAAAGAGAUUGGUCGGCAGCCAUGCCAAAAAAACGGUCGAGGAAGACAUGCGUCGGAAUCAGGAGACUGACUGGCAUCAUGUCCCGACGAAAGUCAUCCCGGAUCGACCCACUACUACUUUUUCCCCGUUCCGUCGGGUGAUUAUAUUAGAGUUUUUUAAAAAAAUGUUCUACCGUAUUUAAUGUUUCCAAAAAGCGAAAAGUCCAGUAAAAUGUGCUGGGAAAAUUUUAAGUGGUCGCUAUAGAGGCUCGCCAAAGACUACUUGGAGAGGACGCUAACGCACCUCUUUAGUGGUCACUAUUUUCCGUUUUAGUGGCCACUUCAGCAUUUUUUCAUCCAGGAUUCCUUCCAGUAACUCUGAUAAAUUUAAAACAAACAGAUUGGACCAGUUACGUUGAUCCAUUGACCCCUAAAGUGACCACUAAGUGGUCUAGUAGUAGCACUUAGACCUCUAUAGUGGCCACUAAUUUUUAACCCCUUAAGUGGCCACUAAAACGUCGAAACCCCUAAAGUGGUCACUCAAAAUAUUCCCAGUAGUACUGUCGAUUAUUGAUCCGAAAGAGGUUUUAUCAUGAAAAAUUUUUCUACAAGAAACAGAGAGUAAUUGAGGCCUUUAUAAAAUCUGUAGAGUCUGAAAAAAAGCAAUAUUUUAAUUCAGCUUGUCACGUUUAUUUCCUGCCGAAAAUACCGUAAUCGGAUUUGUUUGACCUCAUUUCGCUUCGAGACCCUUUUUCUCGAUUUUUACAGUAGCCUUUUUUUGCUUUUUUCAAGCUUCAUGAUUAUUAGUUAUAAAGAUAUUACUUUUUUUCGAAGUUUCGAAUGGAAUGGGCUCCAAAAAGUUCAAUUGAAGAUUUUUGAGACCAAAUUUUAUCAUUUGAUGAUGUUUUGUCGCCAUUUUGGUCAGAUAUUCGAAUGGAAUCGAAAAAAACAUUUUUUUGGAGUUUUUUUCACUACUUGUCCCCAUCUUUUUGAAUGCUGAACAAAUAUUGAUUAUUAAUAUAUUUUUCUCAACUCAUUUCAAUAGUUUCAGCAGCAUUUGGGGUAAAUUCAAAAACAAAAAGUUCGCAUUUUGUGUUCCUAUGGUCAUCAGUGCAUUGUAGGAAGAGAAUUUUGCGAUUUUAAAAAGAAAAAUGAGUCUGAAACUAGACGGGCAAAGUCCGAAAGGUCACAAAAAGAACUUUUGGGAAAAAAAUCGAGCCUUUUUUUCUGAAAAAGGACCUUUUGAGGAGUUGAAAAAGAAAAGGCGGUAAAAAGGUGGAAAGGGAAACUCCGAGGAACUUUUGGCAGCUUUUUAGGAACUCAAAAAGGAGCUUAGGUUCACUUUUUUAGGCCUUUUGAAGGUUUUCGGAAUUUUUCCUAGAUCUAAGAAACUUUCAAUGCCGGUUUCAAUUACAUCGGCAAAGUCGGAAAUGGUGUAAAAUGGCUCCUUUUUUGCUGCCUUUUUCGCCAUUUUUUCGGCCUUUAUGCGACCUUUUUUGAGCCUUUCUGCGGCCUUUUUUGAGCCUUUUUGUGGCCUUUUUUGAGCCUUUUUGUGGCCUUUUUUGAGCCUUUCUGAGGCCUUUUUCGAGCCUUUCUGCGACCUUUUUUGAGCCUUUUUGCGGCCUUUUUUUGAGCCUUUUUUCGCGGUUUUUUUGAGCCUUUCUGCGGCCUUUUUUGAGCCUUUCUGCGGCCUUUUUUGAGCCUUUCUGCGGCCUUUUUUGAGCCUUUCUGCGGCCUUUUUUGAGCCUUUCUGCGGCCUUUUUUGAGCCACUCCCUCUAAGCGGCCAUCAUCCACCAUCCCGACUUUGCCCGAGUAAUCUCAUCAUCAUCCUUACUUUCUCCAUUUCCAGUGAUAUCCUGGAAGAUGAGCUCCAAUCCAGAAAACGUGUCGUUUGCAAUAAACUCACCGAAUCGCUCAGAACCAUCGAUCAGGCCAUGUCUCUGAUUUCCAAGGUUUUUGGAAAAAUCGAAAAAUUGAUCAAAAAUAAAUAUUUUAGUGCACAGCCGCCCAGCAUUGGCGUGUCCCUCAUAUCCUUCAAGGUGGGAAAAAUUUGAAUUUUUGCAAGUUUUUAUCGAUUUUUCUCAGGAAACCUCCCAUCGCUCCGGGAAGCCGUCGCGGCGAUCGACGACUCCUUGGAAAAUUUCAUCGAUACAACUGGAAGGAUUUCGAUCGACAGGAGUAACAUCAAAUACGUUGGUGGGUUUUGAGAAAAUGAAAUGGGCUUUUAGGAAAAAAAAAUCAAAAAAAAAAUUUUUUAUCCAAUUUUUUUAUGACAAAGGACCAUAGUGAAAAUUUCAGAUCUGAAAAACCAAAAAAAAAUUUUUUUCUCAGUUUGAAUUGAAAUUUUUAUGAUAAAGGACCAUAGUGAAAAUUUUUUUGGAUCUGAGAAAAAAAUAAAAAAAGUUUUUUUCUCUAUGUGAUUUGAAAUUUUUGAGACAAAGGACCAUAGUGAUAAUUUUGAAAUCUGAAAAAAAUUGAUUAAAAAAAGUUUUUUUCUCCAUGGGAUUUGAAAUUUUUGAGACAAAGGACCGUAUCGAAAAAUUUUUAAGAUAUGAAAAAAAUUUGAAAUAAAAAAAUUUUUUUCUGAGUCUGAAUUGAAAUUUUAUGAGAAGGAACCAUAUUGAGAAUUUGAAGAUCUAAAAAAAUUUUUUCUGAUUGAGAUUCGAAAUUUUUAGGACAAAGGACUAUAUUUAAAAAAAUUUAGGAUCUGAAAAAAAGUCGAAAAAGUUUUUUUCUCUAUGAGAUUUGAAAUUUUUAGGAGAAAGGACCAUAUUGAAAAUUUUUAAGAUCUGAAAAAAAUCGAAAUAAAAAUUUUUCCCUUUGUUAGAAUAGAAAUUUUAUGACAAAGGACCAUAGUGAAAAUUUUAGGAUCUGAAAAAAAUCAAAAAAAAAUUUUUUUAUUUCUCAGUAAGAGUUGAAAUUUUUAUGAGAAGGAAUGAUAUCAAAAGUAUAAAAAAAUCUGAAAAAAAUCAAAAAAAAGUUGUUUUUCUCAAUGAGAUUUGAAAUUUUUGAGACAAAGGACCAUAGUGAAAACUUUAGGAUCUGAAAAAAAUCGAAAAAAAAUUGUUUUUCUUAGUUAGAACCGAAAUUUUUUUAAGAAGGAACCAUAUUGAAAAAUUUUAAGAUCUGAAAAAAAUCGAAAAAAAUUUUAUUUUUUUCUUCUUCAGAAUACAAAUUUUAUGAUAAAGGACUAUAUAAAAAAAUUUAAAAAUCUGAAAAAAAUCAAAAAGUUUUUUUCUCUAUGAGAUUUGAAAUUUUUGAGACAAAGGACCAUAGUGAAAAUUUUAGGAUCUGAAAAAAAUCGAAAAAAAUUUUUUUCUCUUAUUUAGAACCGAAAUUUUUUUGAGAAGGAACCAUAUUGAAAAUUUUUAAGAUCUGAAAAAAAUUCAGAAAAAAAUUCAAAUAAAUGGCUUGAAUUAUUAUUUUUUUAUUGUUUGACGUUUUUUUCGCAAGGCCAGUCACUAGAAAAAAACAAAAUCAAGUUUAAAAAAACGUGAAAACGUAAUUUUCAAAGCGCCAAGUACGUUUCAAAUGAUUUUUUUAAAAAAAUUUAGGAAGACAAAAUUUUUUUAUUCGGCGUGGUAUGGCUAAAGAUCAAUAAAAAAAAAGAAAAAAAAAUUUUUCGAGGAUUUUCGAAAAGUUGAGCAUUUUUCUGACACUUCUAUAGCUUCCGCGACUGGCUUGAGGAAAAAAAAGGGUCCUGACACGAUUUUCAUGAAAAAUAAGAGAGAGUGUAUGAUUGGUGGAGAGCGCAGACAGGCCACGCCCCUCAGAAAAAAAAACUCCUAGUGACCUGUUUUCAAAUAUAUUUCAAAAAACACGAUACGAAAGAAAAAAUAAGAGAGAGUGUAUGGUUUGUGGAGAGCGCAGACAGGCCACGCCCCUUUUGGGCUCCAAGUCGGCCCCGAAAUACAGGACUUUUUGAAGUGUAGAUCAGAAACAUGGAGAAUAUGAUUUUCUGAACUUUUUGUAGAUGGAACUAAGAUACUCUGAAAGUAUAAGUUUAACGCAGGAGAUCAUUUUCCAGAGCUGAACCGCCUUCUGGCGCCGGUCAGCGAGUACCGACCCAUGGUGGCGUCGCUCCGGAAAGACCCUGGACAGCGCCGGAUGGACGGUGGCGGUCCUCAGCCGCGACCGCGACGAAAUGCGCGUCUCCCCCGACAACCUCGAGCACUUCAUCUCCAUUGCCAAACACGUCGGUUUUCAGCUUCUAACCAGGGAAUGGUCUCCGAGUGGGACCCCUGAAUGAGACCAAGUUUACUAGAUGUAGUUUUUCUCGCUGAUUCCGAAAUCUCGUCUCAAAAGAUGCCGUGGAGGCCUGUGAGAAAAGUUAUGGAUCCUCAAAAGGUAGCAUCUUCGAUUGAGCUUGGUAAGUGGUAAAUGUGAAAAUAUAGUCGGCCCUCCCUCCUGAUUUAUUUUAAUUUAAGACUUUUGAUCUGAUUUCUACAUUUUUUGAUUCAAAUAUUCUGAAUCUACAAUUACCUAACAUCGAGUUGAUAACACAUUAAACCAGUUUCCGAACUUUUGAAGAUGAAAAAAUGCGUUUUUUUUUAACAUUUUGGACGCAUCUCGCGUACGGCUUAUAUACUAGGAUGCAGACUCAUAGAUAAAUUUUUUAGAGCUUGAAAAAGGAGUUUUGAAAAGGUUUUAUGCAUCUAGCCACGAAAAAGUUUGUUAAUCGGAAGAAUAAAGACCAUUUUUGGGGGUUUGGCUAGUUUGCUGAAACUUCAAAUCUUCUUAUGGGCUUGAAAAUUGGUCUUGAAUGGGUUUUUAUGAUCCUAAACUCAAAAAGUUCCUUACUCGGAAAAAUAUUGACAUUUUUUGGAGUUUCGGUUAGUUUUCUAGGACUUUUUAUCUUGUAAGGGCCUUUGAAAAAGAGUUUUGUAGUGAUUUUAUGACCCUAAACUCAAAAAGUUCGUUUAUCGAAAGAAUUUUGACGGUUUUGGGGUUUUCAGUCAGUUUUCUGGGACUUUUUAUCUUUUAAGGGGUUUUGAAAAGGAUUUUUGUAGUGAUUUUAUGACCCUAAACUCAAAAAGUUCGUUUAUCGAAAAGAAUUUUUGACGGUUUUUGGGGUUUUUCAGUCAGUUUUUCUGGGACUUUUUUUAUCUUGUAAGGGGUUUUUGAAAAAGGAUUUUUUUGAAGUGUUCCUUAAGUUAAAAAGUUCGUUUAUCGGAGGAAUGGCCUUUCUUUAGUGUUCCUGGAGAACGGGCUUCAAAAUAGAUCAUUUAAAAGGCUCUAGGAAACUUUAAGGCUCAUCGAAAAAAAUUUAUUUAUUCUCAUUGAAUGGUUUUUUUCAGUGCUAGAAGUCAAACUAGUACCUGGUUGAAAGAAAAAUUUGAUUCAUGGUCAUUUUCAGGUCCCAACGGACUGUCGCCGAAUCGUCCAAUGGACCCAGAUGCUGGUCCCGUCCAACAGCGUCCUCUUUCCUGAGUCCUUCUUCGACGUCGAGACUUCCCCACACUUCGAGUCCCUUCCUGACCACGCCCACAAAAUCCCUGCUCGACCGGAGCUUCGACAGGGUUCAGAGGACUGCGACGUGAGGAAAUAUUGAUUGAAUUUAUUAGGAACGCCAGAGUGGUCCCUAGAGGGAUUGGGUGUCUUAGGUGUCCCUAUAGGGGUCUGGCUUCUAAGCCCUUGAAGCUUAAGGGACCUCUUUAGGGGGUUUUUUUCUGAAAAAUGCGCCAGAGUGGUCCCUAGAAUGAUUGAGUGUCUUAGGAGUCCCUAUAGGGGUCUGAUCCCUAAGUCCUUGAAGCUUGAGGGAUCCCUAAAGGGGUUUGUAAGGAAAUAUUGAUUGAAUUUAUUAGGAACGCCAGAGUGGUCCCUAGAGAGAUUGAGUGUCGUAGGUGUCCCUAUAGGGGUCUGGCUUCUAAGCCCUUGAAGCUUAAGGGACCCUUUUAAGGCUUUUUUUUCUAAAAAACGCGCCAGAGUGGUCCCUAGAGAGAUUAGGUGUCUUAGGAGUCCCUAUAGGGGUCUGAUCCCUAAGUCCUUGAAGCUUGAGGGAUCCCUAAAGGGGUUUGUAAGGAAAUAUUGAUUGAAUUUAUUAGGAACGCCAGAGUGGUCCCUAGAGAGAUUGGGUGUCUUAGGUGUCCCUAUAGGGGUCUGGCUCCUAAGCCCUUGAAGCUUGAGGGAUCCCUAUAGGGGUUUUUUUGAAAAAUGCGCCAGAGUGAUCCAUAGAGUGAUUGGGUGUCUUAGGUGUCACUAUAGGGGUCUGACCCCUAAGUCCUCAAGGCUUAAGGGAUUCCUAAAGGGUUUUUUUCCACUUUUAAAACUUGAUCGAUUAAUCCUCUGCUAAUAUUUUUCCUUUAAAUGACGCUAAUUUAUUGAGUUUUAAAGUUUUUUUCCUUGUAGAGUUACAAUGAACGAUGAAUUCUCCCCUUAAGUGGCCACUUUUGCAAAGAUUAGGGCCCCUAGAGGGAAGCUUAUAAAUGAACUAUAAAUUCUCUCCUUAAGUGGCCACUUUUACAAAAAUUUAGUUCCCCUAUAGGGAAGCUUAUAGAGUUACAAUUAAACAUUACAUCAACCGAUGAAAAAUUCCCUAAAGUGGCCACUUUUGCAAAAUUUAGCGUCCCUAGAGAGAAGCUUAUUAAUGAACGAUAAAUGAUCCUCUUAAGUGGCCACUUUUGCAAAGUCUAGAGUCCCUAAAGAUUGCCCCUCUAGGGACUACUAUUCUGACGCUUCUUGGUCAGUUGGAAUGGCUUAAAGCGUUGCGGUCGCGUCGCGUUUUUGACCAUUAAAAUUCAGAACUCCGACCUACGAGGACAAGCGGCUGUCGACCUCGUCCACCUCGACGAUCGGAGCCGGAACCGACGCUUCUCAGCCCUCCUCCAUCCUCGUCACCCAACAGAAUCGCGCCGAGAAGCCUCAACGUGGCCGGGUCACCUUCGCCGACGAAGUUAGGCCCGAUUCUCGAUUCCGCGAUCAUUUUGAGCCUUCCAGCAGACUGACCGAUCCUCCACCGGCUCCUCCAUCGAGAACAGCUCCCUGGAAUACUCCCCGAUCCGGAAAACGCCCCAGCCCGUCGUUCAGACUCCCAUCCUGAGCCAGGUCGUCCCGGAGUCGAGGAUCAUCGAGGAGGACGACCUCGAGUCGGUCGUCAGCGAUCGCGAGAGCCUCUUCCAGGUUAGAAAUCGAAAAAAUCGGUUGCAGCUUGAAAAUCUUUGAAAUAAGCUUGAAGACAGGUUGCUAGGAACUUUUUCGACCCGGCCUGUCUGCGCUCUCCAUCAACCAGUCACUCUCUCUCCCUUUUUUUCGCAUCCUGUUUUUUGAAAAUCUUUGACAUGAGCUUGAAGACAGGUUGCUGGGAAUUUUUUGAGAAAAAAGGGGCGUGGCCUGUCUGCGCUCUCCACCAACCAUACACUCUCUCUUUUUUUAAAAUCGUUUCAGGACCUUUUUUUUGAAGGCUCAAGGCAGUCGAUAUCCAGCUUUAAAGCUAUUUUGAAUCAUAAUGCUUCAUUUUGAAGCCAAAAAUCAGCUUUCUAGGAUUUUCAAAAGGGCGGGGCUUAAAGUUGAAGUGGAACUAAAAUUUAGCGGAAUUCAAUAAGUUUACAAUGGAUGGAAAGGACUUGAAGGGAAUCGAUUUUUAUUGAUUUUUUUGAAAAAUGGAAUUUUUUUCCAUGCGUCGGCUGGAUUCCCCCCCCUCAAACUGCGAGCCACCCCCACCCCCUCAAACUGCUAGCCACCCCCUUCAAACUGCUAGCCACCCCCCCUCAAACUGCUAGCCACCCCCUCCCCCUCCCCCUCAAACUGCUAGCUACCCUCCCCCUUCAAAAAGGGCGGCCAACCCCCUAAAGUGGGGCCGAAUAUAGGCAAAAACAUAAUACCAUAAACUUCCUGAUGACGUUUUUUUGUCCAAUCAGGAACUUUUUCAGGACUACGCCUACCUGGACGACGUCGUGCCGGGACGCUCAAACAACUCGGCAAAGUUCAUCCCGGAAGAGGUUGUUGAAAAUUUCCUCCAAGUACCCCAUAAAUUUUACGAAUUUCCAGGACAAGCAGGUCAUCGAGUUCUACCUGCCCCAACUCGACCAACACACGGACUCGUUGACCAACGCCGUCGAGGAGUUCCUCCAAACCGUCGAGAUGAACUUGCCGCCCAGGGAAUUCGUUCAGAAGGGCAAAAUUGGUGGGUUUUUAGAGGAUUUUUGAGGAAACGGAAGGUGCUAGAAGCUUUUGGAAGUAAUUGGGUUAGUUAUUAGAAAGAAUUCCAGUGGUUUUUAGACUUUUACAGGUCUUCAAAGGUAGAAAAAUAAAAGAAAAAGUUUUUUUGGAACUUCUAAAAGUAUCUUUAAAUGUGAUUUUUUAGAAAUAGGCAUAUUAUCAAGGUUUUUUGAACGCGAAAAGCUUGAAUUUUCCAAAUUUUAAGAGCUUUCCCAAUACUCUGAUGCUUGAAAAUGGUCUUUUUGAAGUUUUUUAAAGGAGUUAAGAUUUUGGAGCAUUUUUGAAGAGUUGGAAAGGAUUUUUUUAGGCUUCGGUAAGUCCUAUGGAUAAUAAAAACCGUGUAAAAACGAUUUUUUGGAGUUUAAUAGGGCUAGAGUGAACUUUAAGUAAGAUUCGGAAGCUAAAUCGAACUUUCUCUGAAGUUAUUUGUACCUUAAAGCCGAAUUUUCCCUUUCCAGAUCAUUCUCGCGGCCCACAAGCUGAUCUACAUCGGCGACUCGGUAUCGCAAUGUCUCCACGACGUGAAUUGCGCCGAGCGACUUCGCCAGGCCGCCGACCGGCUCUGCGAGUACCUCAAGGAGUGCGUCCAGGCCACCAAGGUCGCCGCCGAUGAGGUGAUUUCGAAAAAAAAGUUCUUCUCUUUCAUUGGGGGGGGCUUUGGAGCCGUCGUGAAAAUUCAAAAAGCAAAAAAACUGAUAUCAGGAUUUUUCUGAGUUCAUAUAUCUUCAGAAUUCAGAAAAAUGGAAAUUUAGGGCUUUGGGUGAAAGAUUUGAAAGUCUGUGGUUAGAGGGGUUGAAAGUGAGAGAUAAUAGCUGUCUGAAGAGACGCCAGACACUCAAAGAGUUGUUUGUCGUCUGGCGUCUCUUUUCACUUUGGUGAUCUCUUAAAAGCCACAAAAUUUUAUCACUCAUUGUUUUGUGAACGAGAGAUAGGUAAUAGGAGGAAGAUCCGAAACAGAUUUUUUGGAAGUGAGAGAUAAUGGCGGUCUGAAGAGACGCCAGACAUCAAAGAAGUUUUCGCGGUCUGGCGUCUCUUCUGACUUGACAGAUCUCUCAACAGACAAUAAAUUUUGUCACUGAGAAUUUUAGAAACGAGAUUUUUGUGAGCGGAAGAUAGGUAAUAGGAGAGAAAAACCAAGGUUAGAAAAGUGAGAGAUAAUAGCGGUCUGAAGAGACGCCAGACGAUCAGAGAGAUUUUUCGUCGUCUGGCGUCUCUUCUAACUUAGUUGAUCUCUCAACAGCUACCAAACUUCGUGCUUUGGGUUUUUUGUGAGCGGAAGAUAGGUAAUGGGAGAAAGAGCUCGAAGUAGAUUGCUUGGAAGUGAGAGAUAAUAGCGGUCUGAAGAGACGCCAGACGAUCAGAGAAUUGUUUGUCGUCUGGCGUCUCUUCUAACUUGACUGAUCUCUCAACAGCCACAAACUUUUGUCAUCGAGAAUGUUAGGAGCAAUUAUUUUUACUCAAAACGAGAGAUGAGUUAGAGUGUUUUGAGGUGAGACAUCAUAAAGGUCUGAAGAGACGCCAGACACUCAAGAAAGUUUAUGCCGUCUGGCGUCUCUUCUAACUUGGCUGAUCUCUCAACAGCCAAAAAUUUUUGUCGUUGAGAUUUUUUUAAUGGGAGACCGUGGUUAGAAUAGUUGAAAGUGAGAGAUAACAGCGGUCUGAAGAGGCGCCAGACAUCAAAGAAAUUUUCGUCGUCUGGCGUCUCUCCUAACUUAGUUGAUCUCUCGUUGAGUAUACCGAGUUUUCCUCAUAAAUUUCUCUUAAAAUAAGGUUUUUCUAGCACCCCGACAUCGGCUGCAUGCAGGCGAUGGUCGACAGCGUGAUGCGCGUUUCGACGGCCGCCCACGAUUUGAAAUCCGGCAUGAGAAACAUGAUUUGA